AUGUCGUCGCAAGAUUACUAUAACCAACAACAGCAACAACCUUCGUACCCCCAACAGUCCUUUCAACAGCCACCGCAAUACCAACAGGGAUAUGGCGAACAGCCGCAACAGGGUUAUUAUCCUCCUGAACAACAGGGUAUGAACUACCAACAACAGCCACAAGGACAAUAUCAAGAUGACCGGGGUCGUCAAGACGGUGGUGGUGGUGGUGCUGCCGGUGGAUGUCUUGCUGGACUUUGCUGCGGUCUCUGCGCAUGUUGUGCCUGCGAAGCAUUCUGCGAAUUAUUAGAAUGCUGUUUUUUCUGCUGUUAA